AGCGGGAAACCUUACCAGGCACGUUACAUUGGCUCCAUGGUAGCUGACAUUCAUCGGACCCUGGUCUACGGCGGCAUCUUCAUAUACCCCGCCAUGAAGGGUGUACCCUCGGGAAAGUUGAGGCUACUUUACGAGUGUGUCCCCAUGGCCUACCUGAUGGAGCAGGCCGGCGGAAUGGCCUCCAAUGGCAAGAUCCCCAUUCUGGACAUCCAACCUGAGAAGAUCCACGAGCGCGCGCCCAUCUACCUAGGCAGCCGAGAGGACGUGGAGGAGGUCCUCAAGUUUGUCAAUCCGUAA